UUUAGCCUUUAAUCAAAUAUGGUAACAUGGUAAAUAAGCCAUUGAGUCAUUGCCACCAGCUCAGACCGCACCUCCAUAUUACUUCAACACCAGUGGAACAUAUUUGGAUGAAUCCAUUUAACUGUGACCAUGACAGAAGACAAUGACUCCAGCACAAUGAAGAUCUUGGAUAUUGAUGACGACAUGUAUGUCAAGCCCAGAACAAGACAUGGCUUUCAAUAUUCAGUACAUUUUCAGUGGUGGAAGAGCUCAUUCAGAGUUGCUGCAUUGUGUCUUGGAUUGCUGUGUAUUCUCCUACUGGCUGGGAUCAUAGGCCUGUGUGUCAACUUCACUGGUCAGCAUUACUGUGACGAAAGAGACCAGCUACAAAUCAGUAAUAACAACCUGACUAAAGAGAGAGACCAGCUACAAACCAGUUAUAACAACCUGAUUAAAGUGAGAGACCAGCUACAGACCAGUAAUAAUAACCUGGCUAAUGAGAGAGACCAGCUACAGACCAGUAAUAACAACCUGACUAAAGAGAGAGACCAGAUACAGAGGGAGACAGAGAAGCUGAACAACAAGAUCAAAGGAAAUUUGGCGUUGAACGGAGUGGCCACUCAGUCAUCACUGUAUGGAAUCGCGAAGCUUCCGAUGCCAUUGAUGGAAAAGAAACACACACUAUGGAUCCUGCACCCAUACUCUGAAAGACAGAAACCCGUGGUGGAGAGUGGACCUGCUGAUGUGUACAGAAUAACAGAGGUCACCCUCACCAACAGAGGAGACUGCUGUCCUGAGAGGCUUGUUGAUGUGCCGUCAUUCCUCCACAUCCCAGCAGGAGAGGCCCACACCUUCCAGUGCAAUGAGAUGGAGGGUCGCUACGUUGUUGUGGUCAUCCUGGCAGCAUUCGGUGAGCGGAGAACAGUUACAGACAGGUACAACAACCUGACUAAAGAGAGAGACCAGAUACAGAGGGAGACAGAGAAGCUGAACAACAAGAUCAAAGGAAAUUUGGCGUUGAACGGAGUGGCCACUCAGUCAUCACUGUAUGRGAAUCGCGAAGCUUCCGAUGCCAUUGAUGGGAAAAGAAACACACACUAUGGAUCCUGCACCCAUACUCUGAAAGACAGAAACCCGUGGUGGAGAGUGGACCUGCUGAAUGUGUACAGAAUAACAGAGGUCACCCUCACCAACAGAGGAGACUGCUGUCCUGAGAGGCUUGAUGGUGCUGAGAUCCGCAUCGGUGACUCUCUGGAGAACAACGGCAUCAACAACCCCAGAUGUGCCGUCAUCUCCCACAUCCCAGCAGGAGAGGCCCACACCUUCCAGUGCAAUGAGAUGGAGGGUCGCUACGUUGUUGUGGUCAUCCCUGGCAGGUCGGAAUGGCUCACUCUGUGUGAGUUGGAAGUUCAUGGUACUCCUGCAGUUACUGGUGAGCAUUCCGGUGCAGCGAGAGACAGCUUACAGACCAGCUACAACAACCUGACUAAAGAGAGAGACCAGAUACAGAGACAGGCAAGCUACAACAACCUGACUAAAGAGAGGAGACCGAGA